UCCUCUCCAGUGAGCGCCGUGCGGGCUGCUGGCGGCUGCAGUGGGACCAGGUGCUGGAUAGAGUCGGAGCGCCGCUGGGUGGGGACAUAUUUGCCUUUAUACCUUAAUGUGGCCACCUCUCCGGGCCCCUCGUCUCCCACAACCCGUAUACCCCACUAGCAGUCCGACGCCCCCGCUGCACUAACCUUACCAUGUCCCUCGCCCGAUUCCACGCGUCUCUACGGCUGUAGGUGCCCUCACUCCACCCCUCCCCCGGCCGUCUUGCCCCAGUCAUGUCCCUCCAGCAGGGGAAGACGACUCACUCGAGGUCGGUUUAAAGGCCUAGUCUGCAGAGCUUCUUCCGUCCUCCUGCUUCCACCCCUCCCCAACCUCCUCGCAGACUAUACACACAGAGAAACACCGAGCCCCAGCAUCAGCAAUCAUGGCAGAGGAACAGCAACAACAAGCACCGAAAAAGCAGCGGCCUGAACAGCCCCAGCUGCCCGCCUCUGCACCAGGGGCACUGCCAGCCUUGGUGACAGGACUGCAAGGGACAGAAGCCAAUGCACUGCAACAGAAAAUCAAAAACUCCAUCUGCAAAUCCAUACAGUCAAAGGUGGAUUGCAUUUUGCAAGAAGUUGAGAAGUUUACAGACAUUGAGAAACUCUACCUCUACCUCCAACUGCCUUCUGGUCCUAGCAAUGUGGAGAAAAGUGAUCAGAGCUCUUUAUCAUCAAGCAGAGCUCAGCAAACACAUGCAUUCUCCUGGAUUCGGAAUACCUUAGAGGAGCAUCCAGAGACUUCGCUGCCCAAACAGGAAGUCUACGAUGAGUAUAAGAGCUAUUGUGACAAUCUUGGCUAUCAUCCACUAAGUGCUGCUGACUUUGGGAAGAUAAUGAAAAACGUUUUUCCAAACAUGAAGGCACGUCGGCUGGGUACAAGAGGCAAAUCUAAGUAUUGCUAUAGCGGACUGAGGAAGAAAGCUUUUGUUCAUAUGCCAUCCCUACCCAACUUGGACUUCAACAAAACUGGAGAUGGGCUGGACGGAAUGGAGGUAUCUGCGCAGUUACAAAGUGCUGAUGAAGAGGUUGUGUCUGCUGCGUGUCGCUUGGUUUGCGAGUGGGCCCACAAGGUCCUGAGUCAGCCAUUUAAUUCAGUCUUGGACUUGGCACGUUUUCUUGUCAAAAGUCACUAUACCGACACCAAGUCAAUGGCAGCACUGACAGUAAUGGCGGGUGAUUCCACAGGGUUAAAAGGAAUUACACAGACAUCUGCUUUUGUACCCAUGUCUGAAAGCAAUUCUUUCCACCCCCAAAUAAAGACGUUGGCAUCCCCUGUAGAUGCCAAGCAGCAGUUACAGAGAAAGAUACAGAAAAAACAGCAAGAGCAGAAGCUCCAGUCACCUUUACCAGGGGAGAUGCAAGUGAAGAAAGCAGAUGGGACCGCCAACAACGGAAUCACCAAUAUUUGUAACGGGAGUCCUGCAAUCCUCUCUCCCCAGCCGAUUGGUAUUGUAGUGGCAGCUGUUCCCAGCCCAAUUCCGGUGCAGAGGACCAGGCCACUGGUGACUUCACCAAGCCCAAUUGGGUCAUCCGAGGGGAAGGUUCUGCCACUGAAUGUGCAGGUGGUAACUCAGCAUAUGCAGUCUGUAAAGCAGUCGCCAAAGACUCCACAAAAUGUUCCAGCCAGUCCUGUUGGUGAUCGGUCUGCUAGACAUCGCUACCCUCAAAUUUUGCCUAAGCCAGCAAGUUCUAAUGCUUUGACGAUCCGCUCGCCCACCACUGUGGUUUUCACCAGUAGUCCAAUCAAGACUGUGGUCCCAACACCACAUGUUAGCUCUCUGAAUGUUGUGAAAAUGACUACAAUAUCCCUUGCGCCCAGCAAUGCUGGCAAUCCGGUAAAACAAACCGCUUCUGUAAAUAGCAGCACAGGGAUGUCAGAGGAUACCAGGACUCUUCCUCAGAUCAAAAAUGGCUCUGUUGUUUCAUUACAGUCUCCUGUACCUAGGAUAGACACACCUUCUGCAUCUGUGGAAGUGAAAACGGAACCUGAGCUUCACGCUGAGGAGAAUAUAAUGCAGUGCCAAGAAACCCAUGAGGGUUCUAAAGGUAGGAAAGCUACGCCCAUUAUGUCUUUGACGCACAAAGUUAAUCAGGACAUUGAAAGUGUUAAACCUUCCCAAGAUGCUGCCCAUGAAAUUCAAACACUCAAAACUCUUGAUCCGAGAGCUGAAGGAACAAGGACCAAAUGUAAAAGCCGUUCCAUUGAAGGUACAUCUUCAAGUGGCAGCAAUCAAAGUACCCUAACUCUGUGUGUUACACCCCAGAAUCUUUUUAACAAUAGUUCUAGUCCUAAUCCAAAUGGUGAUCAAGCUGGAAAAGACAUCAGAUUGUGUACUAAGAGCCCUAGAAAACGAUUGCCAAGUACGUUGCAGGACACACAAAUACCACCUGCGAAAAAGUCACUCACUGGCACGUUGUCUUCAGAAUGUUCAAAGACAGGAGGUUUAAGUGUUAAGAAAACUCCUAAGGGGCUGUCGGCAAAGUGUGACAAUUCUAUCACUGUUGGUUUAGUGCCCAGCAAAGUGACUGAAAGUGGAAAUGCUACAUUGAUAGAAAAUUAUACCUUAAGCGGUGGUGUUGAGAAGACCACUGAACCUACCCGGGAUCUUAUGAGCUCAUCUCAGGAUGUAAAGGUAAAACUAGAAGGUACUGUGUUUAAGUUUGUGAGUGAUUCAAAGGCAGACAAUCCCUUUAAUGAAAAUACCUGGCAACAAAUUGCUGAAAGUUCAGACUUCAUGUCUGCUAAUUGUGAGCAGUCUCAAACUAUUGGUGUAAUAGAAAUUCCAGGAAGUUCUGGUGCUGAUAACGUACAAAAGUCUGUAUGGGAACCAGUGGACUUUGAAGGCAUCCAGCAGGACACAUACAGCCAGCAACUUGAUGAUUCGACCUUGAAUCAGUUACAAGCACAUUCUUCAAACCAAUUACCUCAGCGUUCUGAUCUGACAGACCCUCCGAGUGACAGCUUCUUCUCUUUUGAUGAUGACCUCACACAGGACAGCAUUGUUGAGGAAUUGGUGCUCAUGGAGGAACAAAUGGCAAUGAAUAAUUCUCAGAACUAUGGUAGUUUAGGAAUGGUGCUUCAAAAUCAAGCAGCGGCAGCCCAUGGUACACCUGUGCCCACGCACUCAAGCAACGCACACUUUUACCAUUCACUACACAGCAGUGGAACUCCAGUUCACACACCCACUCCAACACCAACACCCACUCCUACUUUAACUCCAACUCCAACAUCAGAAAUGAUUUCUGGCUCUCAGAGCUUAUCCAGAGAGAGCCCGUGCUCCCGAUUAGCUCAGACUACACCUGUGGAUAGCGCCUUAGGAAGUAGCCGACAUACACCAGUUGGAACACCGCAUUCUAAUUGCAGCAGCAGCGUUCCUCCAAGCCCGGUGGAAUGCAGGAAUCCAUUUGCAUUUACACCUAUAAGCUCCAGCAUCUCCUAUCACGAUGCCAGCAUUGUCUCAAGUAGCCCGGUGAAACCGAUGCAGAGGCCCAUGGCUACUCACCCCGACAAAACUAAGUUAGAGUGGAUGAAUAACGGCUAUAGUGCUGUUGGAAAUUCGUCAGUUUCUAGUCAUAGUAUUCUUCCAAGCUAUAAGGAGUUGGUAGAGGAUAGUUUCAGAAAGCCACAUGCAUUUGCAGUGCCUGGUCAGUCAUAUCAGUCUCAGUCGAGACAUCAUGACAAUCACUUUGGUAGACUGACCCCUGUGUCUCCUGUACAGCAUCAACUAGCCUCUAUAGCUAAUACCAACAAACAAGAAGGUUUCGCAGUCCCUGCCCCCUUAGACAACAAAUCAACAAAUAGCUCCGGGAACAGUAACUUCAGGUGCCGUAGUGUGAGCCCAGCAGUUCAUCGCCAACGAAAUUUAAGCGGGAACACAAAUUGCCCCGUUUCCAGUGCACCGCGUUCUAAUGUGACCGCUUUUGGAACUGUAGUAACCCCAGAGGUCCAGAGCAUACUAACCAGUGUCCAGUCAGAUACUAGUGCCAAUAGCAUUGCUCAAAGGAGUCAGUCAGUCCCGCUAACAGUGAUGAUGCAGACUGCGUUCCCGUCUCUUCAAAAACAAAAUAAUGCUCAGAGCAUCACACACGUUCUGUUAAAUAAACUGGACUCUGAUAGAGACGAUGCCGUCAGAGGACUGGGAAUAAACAAUAUGCCUUCAAAUUAUACAGCAAGAAUGAAUCUCACUCAGAUCUUGGAAACAUCACCCAUGUUUUCUGGUGCCAAUCAACAAAAUAUGAUGGAUUCCAGCACUUCAGCUUAUGAAUUCCAAACGCCAGCUUACCUCACAAAAAACAGCAGUACUGAUCAGAUCAGUUUUACUUCUGGAGACAACCAAGCACAAUCUGAAAUUCGAGAGCAACAGCUUGAUUUCAACAGCACCGUGAAAGACCUGCUAGAUGGAGAAGGUCUCCAAACCAACCAGCAACUUGUAGUUCAAGUGGCUUCAGAUUUGAACAAUGCCUCUGAUUUCUCCAGCGACAUUCGGUUGUCUUCAGAACUCUCAGGCAGCAUCAAUGAUCUGAACGCUUUAGAUCCAAAUCUGUUGUUUGAUCCUGGUCGCCAGCACGGGCAGGAUGAUGAUGCUACACUGGAAGAACUAAACAAUGACCCUUUGUUUCAGCAGAUUUGUAACGAAUCCAUUAACUCCAUGACCUCAUCUGGAUUCGAGUGGAUGGAAAGCAAAGAUCAUCCUACUGUCGAAAUGUUGGGUUAAUCUUGUAAUAUAAUGUAGCACACUGUAUCAAAAUAGGCAGACGUUGUAUUUGUCUUAAUGGAAGUGCCUCCCGCAGCAGAAACAUUUCUAAUUAUGAGAUUUUCAAAAAGUUUGCUGCACAAGUUAUCUGUCUGUCGCCUGUUCUCGACAUGCUAAUCAUUUAUCUGCAGUCCUUGGGCAGUUAAUGAGCCAGUAUUAAGUCCAUUUUAUAUUUUUUGCCCAUAUGUUAGGAUUUUACUUCAGCUAACAGUCGUCGAUAGCCAGUUACACAAAUGUGUUUGUUUUGUUAUCAUUUUAAUUUUUUUUU